CGCAUGUGCGCAUGCGUAUGCGCGUGCGCAGCGCGGCUGUUGGGUGGGUUGGUUGGUUAUUUUGCAAGCGGGAGGGGCCCUGCGCGCUCUUGCCUCCGGCCUCUGUCCCCCACCCCCCCCCCUUCCCCGGUCCCAGUCUCUCCUUCGGAAAGAUGUCGGACACGGCAGUGGCUGACACUAGGCGCCUUAACUCGAAGCCUCAGGACCUGACCGAUGCUUACGGGCCGCCAAGUAACUUCCUGGAGAUAGACAUCUUUAAUCCACAGACGGUGGGCGUGGGCCGCGCGCGCUUCACCACCUAUGAGGUUCGCAUGCGGACAAACUUACCUAUCUUCAAGCUGAAAGAAUCCUGUGUACGGCGGCGCUACAGUGACUUUGAGUGGCUGAAAAAUGAGUUGGAGCGUGAUAGUAAGAUUGUAGUACCGCCACUGCCCGGGAAAGCUUUGAAGCGGCAACUCCCUUUCCGAGGAGAUGAAGGGAUCUUUGAGGAGUCUUUUAUUGAAGAAAGGAGGCAGGGCCUUGAACAGUUUAUUAACAAAAUUGCUGGGCACCCACUGGCUCAGAAUGAACGCUGUCUACACAUGUUCCUGCAGGAAGAGGCAAUUGACAGGAACUACGUCCCUGGGAAGGUGCGCCAGUAGGAGUCCUCUCACCACUUGCCCUCUACUUUUCCUGCUGAAAUGACAUUGGUUUUUACACUAAGCCUCUCUCUCUCUUUGAUCUAAAGUUGGCUGCCCAUCCCCUGGCCUGAUAGACUGUCUGGCACUGUGCCCUUUGGUACCAGACUCCACCGUGCGGGCACUCUGCUAGUGUCCUCUUCUCUGAAGAGAGGUGGGAAACCACAGGCAGAUGCUCUUUGUUUGGGGUUGGGGUGGGGGAGGGAUUGGACCAGAAGGCAAUUUCUUGGGCAUUUUACCCAUGCCAGAAGGCUAACAGUGGGGGAAGGGAGGGUUGUGCUGGUAAGGCACUUGGAUACAUACUGAUGCUGCAAGUCUAGGGGAUUUUUCUUGUUCUUAGGUUUACCAAGAGCUCAGAAUAGGGGAAAUCCUUGCCUUUCCUACCUGCAUGAAAAUUUUCCUUUUGGGGGAAGGUAGUAGAGACCCAAAACCUCUCAUUUUUUUCUAGUCCUGAUCCCAGUUUUCUCAGCAGUUUCUUUUGUUGAUUUUUCUUUCCCUUGUUGCCUUUCAUGGCAGUAAUCCUCCUAGAAUCUAAGCAGACUGUUAUGUGGAACAGGGUGUAUGUAUUUUCUGAACCUGUCAUCACAGUGACUGCAAAGUCAGAAGAAAGCCAUAGGGUAGUAGGGGAGCUCCUAUUGCCUAGCCCCUCUCCCUUUGUGGCUCCCUGCUCUGGCUGUCUGUUUUUUGCUUACUAGCUGAUGAGUCUGUAUGGGCCAGCAGUUCUCCUCCCCAAGCCCUUGCUACUUUAUGGGUUAGCUUUUGGGGUUUUGUAGUUUGAGGAAUGAGAGCAACUCACCACUGCCAGGUGACUCCCUGAAUGGUGGGAGUGGGUCAUGUUGUAGGUUCCUCUAGGUUGGAGGAAAGAGCAACACCACUUUCCUCCUUCCAUUUUUCCUUUCCCCAUCCCAUUUAGUGCUGCCCCAAGGGUAGAAGCACAUAAACCACAGUUUCUGAUUUCUCCUAAGCACUUUGAGCUGUUAAUGGGGCUCAGGGACAAGAGUUGUCGCUGCCUUCCCCAGCUUGGUCACAGGGUUAUUGAGCUGCCUGUACUUGUUUUCCAUGGAACUCCAGUGUCGUCCCUAGAAAUUGAAUUGGGGCUAGUAGUUGGGUAUGGAUUUCCCAAAUCAUAGAGGCUAAAGCAGCUUCUUGAGGCUGGCAACAGCCCUAGGCUUUGGUUUGGGAGGUGGUGGUUUGUUUGCUGGGGCCUGCUCUCUGUCAAAGUGGUGGGAUGAGAGCAAGUUAACUCUGGUGCCAGGAGAAAGAUGGUUCUUGGCUUAGACUCCCUAUCAUGGAAGGAUUGGAUCCUUGGGAAUCCUUGGGGAAAGAAUUGCUGAUUCUGGUGUGACCCUGAUCAGAGAGAUCAGGAUUAGGUUUUGACAUGGGAUUUGGAGCUCAUCUAAAUGUUGAAGUUCCUUGAGAUAGAUUUAGCUCUCUUUAUCUGCUGAGCCUGUGCCAGGGGCUGAGCAGCCCCUAGAGAGAGGCUCUACCCCCUUUCCCACCUUGCCAGUGUUGGUGUGUUGCUGCCUUUUUGAUUUGUAUCCUCUAUUACAGAUUUUUUAAAAGAUUUCUUCUUUUAUUGUGCACAAGUGCUGAGACUCUGAGGCCCCAUUUCUGCUGUGUAUAUAUCUUGACUCGGGGCUUUUGUUCAGCAAACUGUUCAUUCUUCUGUCAGACAAUGUCAUAUUCAACUCUGUUCAUAUUAAAGCACUGUGAAGCAAG